AAACGUCAGCUUAGAAAGAUAGAGAGAGAGAAAGAAAUAGAGUUGAAGACGGUGUGAGAGAGAGUCGUAGUUGAAGUAAAAAAAUCAUCGAACACAAAGCAAACAACCGUUUCUUCUUCUUCCACCGAUCCGUACGAUGCCUUCUCGCAGAAGAACUCUCUUAAAGGUCAUCAUUCUCGGUGACAGCGGUGUGGGGAAGACGUCUUUGAUGAACCAAUAUGUGAAUAAGAAGUUUAGUAAUCAGUACAAGGCAACUAUUGGAGCGGAUUUCUUAACCAAAGAAGUGCAAUUUGAAGAUAGGCUUUUCACCUUACAGAUUUGGGAUACAGCUGGCCAGGAAAGAUUCCAAAGCCUAGGAGUUGCUUUCUAUCGUGGUGCUGAUUGCUGUGUUCUUGUAUAUGAUGUUAAUUCAGUGAAGUCAUUUGAAAACCUUAAUAACUGGAGGGAAGAGUUUCUCAUUCAAGCAAAUCCGUCCGAUCCAGAGAAUUUUCCCUUUGUCGUUAUAGGAAACAAAAUAGACAUUGAUGGUGGGAACAGUAGAGUGGUUUCUGAAAAGAAGGCUCGGGCAUGGUGUGCAGCUAAAGGAAACAUCCCAUAUUUUGAGACAUCUGCUAAAGAAGGUAUUAAUGUUGAAGAAGCAUUCCAAACCAUAGCAAAGGAUGCCCUGAAAAGUGGAGAAGAAGAAGAAUUAUACCUGCCAGACACAAUUGAUGUUGGAAACAGCAAUCAGCCAAGGUCAACAGGAUGCGAGUGCUGAACAUAUAGAUUUUGUUCUCAAUGCAAAAUAAAGUAUUUUAUUUAAAAAUCUUUUUGGCAUGUCUAGCCAUUGCUGUCUUAUGAGGUUUAAUUGUACAUUUAUGUUUGAUCAAGAAACAAAUUGUUCCUGUGCGAUCUGUUGGGUGCUUGUUUGGCUUGUGUUAAUCGAUCAUGCUGUUCUCCUUGUAUGCUAUUCCAACAUUGUUAAAAAACAGCAAAGGAUCAUUCUGAAGUUA